AUGCCUUCCCAGCGCUCUCAGAGCAGCUUCACCCCGAAGCAGAUCGCUGAGUUUUACUUCAAGCCUUACCUGACGGAGGAUGGGGACCCGACUGGUCUUCAGGUGUGUAAGGCCUGCGGCGACUUGCUCGAUGGCCUGCUGGAAGUAAAGCCAAGCUUCCGCCAUUAUCUCGUCCUGGGAGGUCGAGCGAAGCUGCUCUCGCGUGCUGAAAAGGCUGCGCUAAAGCCGUUUGAACGUAAGACGGCCGAAGCCGCCGAUGUGACCGAGAAGACGGCCAAGGUGGGGUUUGCGGACAGGAUUUUGAAGCGCAGGAAGGUGCAAGAAGACAAGAGCGCCUACAGUCAGCUAAACGCGAUUCCGCCGACGUAG